AUGGCAGAAACGUUGGAGAACAUGUAUAGACUCAGAAGGAGCAUAUUUUGAAGGAGAUUGAAUAUAAAUAUCUUUAUCUAAUAAAUAUGUAUAUUUUUUAUUAACAGUCUUGNAAAACUGCUCUCAGAUGAGCAAAAAGAAAACCGAAAACAGAUCGCCACUGAUUUGCUAGAGUAUUCCGAAUCUGAUGAAUUUUUUUUAAAAUCAAUUAUAACUGGUGACGAGACUUGGGUAUAUGGCUACAAUCCAGAAACAAAGGUACAAUCUUCCUAAUUUACCACGACCCAAAAAAACUCGUCAAGUUCGGAGUCAAGUGAAGGUUAUGUUGACUGUUUUUUCGACUACCAAGGUGUUGUUCAUCAUGAGUAUGCUCCAAAAGGACAGACCAUAACAAAGGAGUACUACAUUGAUGUUCUUCGUCGUUUACGAGAUGCUGUACGAAGAAAAGGACCUGAGUUUAAAGAGUCUGGUAGUUGGAAAUUGCAUCACGAUAAUGCACCAGCCCAUUCAGCCCAUAUUGUGCAGCAGUUUUUGGCCAAACAUGAUAUCCCAGUUGUUUCUCAACCCCCCUAUUCACCAGACCUAGCUCCAUGUGAUUUUUUUUUCUUCCCAAAGAUAAAAAUAGCACUUAAAGGUAAACGUUUUCAUGAUGUAGAUGAAAUAAAACAAAAUGCGACGGAGCAGCUGCGAGGAGUUUCUAAAAAUGACUUCCAGAGGUGUUUUCAAAAAUGGCAGGAACGUUGGAGAACAUGUAUAGACUCAGAAGGAGCAUAUUUUGAAGGAGAUUGA